UCCGGCAGUCCGGAGAGUCGCAACUCGCAAUGCGGAGUUUCUUUUGUCCUUUUGCCGCAUCUCUAAUAGGAGAAGAAGAUGAUGAUACAUAUAUAUUAUUAUGAUACAUUAUUUAUAGCUUUAGUUCCGACAGGGCAUUCAAUUAGCAUUGACAAUUUGCCAAUGCUCUCACUAUUUAGCUACUGGCCCCUCCGCAGACAGGACCAUUCCAUCCGAUCGACUUGCUGCAGGCACUCCCUCGCCACACUACUGGUAGCUCUGCAAGGGCCGAGGGGCCAAUCAUUCCCAUUUCCCACCGAGCUGAUGCUCCGAUCAUAAAUAAACAUCUGGAAGUUGCAUUGCUAUCUAAAUAUGGAGGUAUUGUGGAGCUCUGUAGUUGUUUUCUUCCUCCUCAACUGUUUUUUGGCCACUGGAGGGGCAGAGUAUCUGAAAUACAAGGAUCCUAGGCAGCCAUUGAAUGUUCGAAUUAAUGAUUUACUUUCCCGCAUGACUCUUGCCGAGAAAAUUGGCCAAAUGUCACAAAUUGAAAGAGUAAAUGCAUCUUUUGAUGUCAUGCAGAAGUAUUUCAUAGGUAGCGUGCUAAGUGGGGGAGGCAGCGUACCCUCUCCACAGGCUUCUGUUGAGACCUGGGUGAAUAUGGUAAAUGAAAUACAGAGGGGCUCACUUUCCACCCGUCUUGGUAUCCCUAUGAUCUACGGAAUCGAUGCGGUCCAUGGCCACAAUAACGUCUACAGAGCUACUGUGUUUCCGCACAAUAUUGGUCUUGGGGCUACAAGGGAUCCAGCACUGGUAAAGAAAAUUGGAGCUGCUACUGCUCUUGAAGUUAGAGCAACUGGCAUUCCCUAUGUUUUCGCUCCAUGCAUUGCAGUCUGUAGGGACCCCAGAUGGGGUAGGUGCUACGAAAGCUACAGCGAAGAUCCAAAGAUUGUCCAAGAAAUGACUGAGAUAAUUCCUGGUUUACAGGGAGAUAUUCCUGCAAAUAGUCCAAAAGGAGUUCCUUACGUUGCCGGAAAAACAAAAGUUGCUGCCUGUUCAAAGCACUAUGUUGGGGAUGGUGGAACAUACAUGGGCAUCAAUGAGAACAACACCAUUAUCAGUCAACACGGCCUGCUGAGCAUCCAUAUGCCACCUUAUUACAAUGCCGUAAUAAAAGGCGUCUCUACGGUGAUGGUCUCGUAUUCUAGCUGGAAUGGAGUGAAGAUGCAUGCUAACCAUUAUUUAGUGACUGACUUCCUCAAAAACAAGCUACGUUUCAGAGGGUUCGUCAUCUCAGACUGGCAAGGGCUUGACAGGAUUACCAGUCCACCACAUGCAGAUUAUCCAUACUCGAUUAAACUUGGAAUUCUCGCUGGAAUCGACAUGGUGAUGAUUCCUUACAGCUAUACGGAGUUCAUAACUGAUCUGACCAACCUAGUGCAGAAUAACACCAUACCAAUGAGUCGAAUCGACGAUGCCGUAAGAAGGAUCCUUCGAGUCAAGUUCACCAUGGGUCUAUUUGAGAACCCAUUUGCCGAUCUUAGCUUAUCUGAUCAGCUCGGUAAGCAGGAACAUCGAGAUCUGGCCAGGGAAGCUGUAAGGAAAUCGCUUGUGCUGCUGAAAAAUGGGAAGUACAGUGAGAAGCCAUUGCUGCCGCUUCCUAAGAGGGCAGGGAAAAUUCUCGUUGCAGGAAGCCAUGCUGACAAUUUGGGAUAUCAGUGUGGCGGGUGGACAAUCACUUGGCAAGGACUAGGAGGGAAUACUCUCACUUCUGGGACCACAAUUCUUGAUGGUAUUAAAUCGACUGUCAACCCAAGCACCCAGGUCAUCUACUCUGAGAACCCUGGUGUGGACUAUGUAAAGCAAAGUGGUUUCUCUUAUGCCAUAGUAGUGGUCGGAGAAUACCCAUACGCCGAGACUUUUGGAGAUAAUUUAAAUCUCACAAUUCCCGAGCCUGGCCCAAGCGUGAUUCAGAAUGUCUGCGGCAGUGUGAACUGCGUCGUUGUUGUUAUCUCAGGUCGCCCCCUCAUCAUUGAGCCUUACAUUAACACGAUUGAUGCACUUGUGGCCGCAUGGCUUCCAGGAACUGAAGGCCAGGGAGUGGCUGAUGUGCUUUUUGGUGACUACGGUUUUUCCGGGAAGCUCUCCAGGACUUGGUUCAGGUCAGUAGAUCAGCUUCCCAUGAAUGUUGGGGACCCUCACUAUGAUCCUCUUUUCCCAUUCGGAUUUGGCUUGCAGACUGCACCUUCAAAUGCCUAGAUUAAUCUUCUUGAAAUACGGAACAAUUUGUACCAGCUAGUUUUACUUUUGCGAAAUAUGGAACAAUUCGUACCAGCUAGUUUCACUUUCUGCCAGAAUUGAAUGAAGUUGGGCUCCUGAAUGAUUUGUAGUACCAGCUAAAUUGUUGCUUUCAUGAAUAAAAGAUUUAAUUAUUUUCA